UCGUCGUCGUCAGGCUCAACAAGAAAAACAACAACGAGGAGGAAAAAAAGUCCACAAGUACGAAGAAAAAUUCGAUUGGACGAUCCGAGAGAUUCGAAAUGGUUAGAAUUUGAUGUUACGGAUUUAACGAUAAGUUCAUUCCUCGAUGAACCUAAGAUCCUCGAAUUCGAGAUAGAGUUUUUACAAAAUGGCAAACGGAAUCGUCGUAACAUUGAUCUACCUGUUUUAAAUCUUUUCACAACGUCGUAUGAGACUAUGAUUAAUAAUAAUAAUAAUAAUAAUAAUAAUAAUAAUAAUAAUAAUAAUAAUAACAAUAAUAAUAAAGUUAAUAGAAGAAGGAAACGCGGUGCACCGGAGCAAUUGUUAUCGCUUCACAAGGGCCGAAGGACCGAGUGUCGGGGUGACAACAAAAAAUGUUGUAGACACGAAAUGACUGUUAUAUUCAAGGAUUUAAAGGGUUUCGAAUUUAUCGUACAGCCGAAAACAUUCGACGCGGGUUAUUGUAAGGGCCGUUGUCCACCAAGAUACAAUCCUGCCCAUCACCAUGCCCUAUUACAAAGCCUGAUAUGGAAGGAAGACAGAAGGAAAGCACCGAGACCUUGUUGUGCACCAAGCAAACUCGCCGAACUCGAGAUUCUUUAUUUCGACGAGAACGACUCUACCAGUUUGAAGGUCUCCAAUUGGAAGAACAUGCGUGUAUUGGAGUGUGCUUGCUCGUAAAAAGGGAGAAAGGGACCUUCGAAAGAGAGAAAGAGAGACAGAGACAGAGACAGAGACAGAGACAGAGACAGAGAGAGAGAGAGAUGGUCUUGAACCAAUCGAGGAGUCGUUUAGGACUCACCAAAGAAUCGUCCGAAUAACGUGGUUUGUCUGUCAGGUGGUUUCUUUUUUUUUAACCCUUUCCUCAACCCCCCACCAACCCUCUUUCGUUUUACUUUAUCUUUUUUUUUUU